AUGCGGAAACCAGGCCCUCAAAAAGCCAUAGACUGGAAAGAUGGUAAAAAGCACAAGUAUGGCCGUCCGUCAGAGUCUCCAUCCCAGUACCAAGGUCACUUCACCUGGGAGAAAUACUUGAAAGAGACAUGUGCCAUCCCAGCUCCUGCCCAUUGCUUCAAGCAGUCAUACACUCCACCUGCAAACGAAUUCAAGAUCAGUAUGAAACUAGAAGCCCAGGACCCCAGGAACACCACCUCCACUUGCAUUGCCACAGUGGUGGGUCUGACAGGCGCACGCCUCCGCCUGCGCCUCGAUGGCAGCGAUAACAAGAAUGAUUUCUGGCGGCUGGUGGACUCUGCUGAAAUCCAGCCCAUAGGAAACUGUGAGAAGAAUGGAGGGAUGCUGCAGCCUCCACUGGGCUUUCGGCUGAAUGCCUCCUCUUGGCCCAUGUUCCUUCUAAAGACUCUGAAUGGAGCAGAGAUGGCUCCUGUCCGGAUUUUUCACAAGGAACCACCAUCUCCAUCCCAAAACUUCUUCAAGACAGGUAUGAAGCUGGAGGCAGUGGACAGGAAGAACCCUCACUUCAUCUGCCCGGCCACCAUUGGGGAGGUGAGAGGUUCUGAGGUCCUCAUAACAUUUGAUGGCUGGAGAGGUGCCUUCGAUUACUGGUGCCGAUAUGAUUCCCGGGACAUCUUUCCCGUAGGCUGGUGCUCGCUGACUGGAGAUAAUCUGCAGCCCCCUGGAACAAAAGUUGUGAUUCCAAAGAGCCCUUUACCUGCCUCCGAAGUAAACUCGGAGAAACCUAGCAUGCACAGUAGCACAAAGACUGUUUUGGGGCAUCAACAAGGGCAAAGGCGUCGCAAAACAGGGAAGAAGCGUGGUCGAACGACCAAAGCGCUAAUCCAUCACCCCAUGCCUACACCCUCCAAGUCAGUGGAGCCUUUGAAAUUCCCCAGAAAGAGAGGCCCCAAGCCUGGCAGUAAGAGGAAACCUAGGACAUUGCUGAACCCAGCACCCACCUCUCCAACAACCAGUACCCCAGAACCAGACACAAGCACUGUGCCUCAGGACGCUGCUACAAUCCCCAGCUCUGCCAUGCAGGCUCCCACAGUUUGCAUUUACUUGAACAAGAACGGCAGCACUGGGCCCCACCUAGACAAGAAGAAAGUUCAGCAGCUGCCGGACCAUUUUGGACCAGCUCGAGCUUCUGUUGUCCUGCAGCAAGCAGUACAGGCCUGCAUUGAUUGCGCUUAUCAUCAGAAAACAGUCUUCUCCUUCUUAAAACAAGGCCACGGGGGAGAGGUCAUCUCAGCUGUGUUUGAUCGGGAACAGCACACUCUGAACCUGCCAGCAGUAAACAGUAUCACCUACGUCCUCCGCUUCCUGGAGAAGCUCUGCCACAAUCUUCGCAGUGACAACCUCUUUGGGAACCAGCCUUUCACUCAGAACAGCCACAUGCAGCGGUCACACGAGUACGACCACGACAGGUAUCUACCAGACAGAAGCAGUUCGUUAGACGGCACUCUGCAGGGACCAGGCCGGGGUACAAAGCGAUAUUCCCAAGAUUCCCCUCCAUACAGUGCUCCUCUCUCCCCCAAGUUACCAAAGAAUGACCGUCACCCUUUGGAAGGUGAAACCUUUGUUCUGGGAGAUGGCCUCCCAGGGCCCUUGGAGCCUCGCCUGGACCCCAUGGACUCUGCCUUGAAUUCUGUCAAUUCAUCCAGCCACAGCAGGAGCUCCAGAGACUAUCGCCUGCAAGGAUACAGGCACCUGCACCAACCCUCUAGCCUCACCCAGGGCAGUACCUCUGCCUUGCGUAGGCUUAGCUCUGGGGGCUCAGACAGAUACCUGGGAUCCCGAGACGUCUCGCGGCUGGGCAGCCGCGACCCCUCGUCCUGGACGGUGGAGGAGGUGAUGCAGUUCAUACGGGAAGCGGAUCCACAGCUGGGACCCCACGCUGACCUCUUCCGAAAACAC